CGCAGUGGUUGGGAAACAUUGAACAGAUAUUUCCUGGGAUGUUUCAGCUCUGUUGAACCAAGCGCCUCUGUCACUGAUAUGGCUUGGUUUUGGUAUCUGUGUGUGUUCAUGUUGGUGGGCCUCACUUUGUUAGCACUGCAGUUCAAGUUCAGGAUGUCUGCACACGGUUCUAGGGAGCCGCCACACCUCCCUGCACUACCACUGAUUGGCAGCCUGCUGAGCCUGCAGAGUGAAUUACAACCGCAUGUUCUUUUCAAAGAACUGCAGGUAAAAUACGGACAAACAUACUCGCUGAUGAUGGGCUCCCACAGUGUGAUUGUCGUCAACCAUCAUGUGCACGCCAAAGAAGUCUUGCUCAAGAAGAGAAAGACGUUUGCAGGAAGACCUAGAACUGUAACUACAGAUAUUCUGACUAAAGAUGGGAAGGACAUUGCAUUUGGAGACUACAGUGCUACGUGGAAGUUCCACAGGAAGAUAGUCCACGCAGCCCUGUGCAUGUUUGGAGAAGGCUCUGCCUCUAUUGAGAAGACCAUUUGUGCAGAGGCCCAGUCUCUGUGCUCCGUGCUGUCAGAGGCAGCAGACGUGGGGCUGGCCCUGGAUCUUUCUCCUGAGCUGACUCGCGCCGUCACCAACGUUAUCUGCUCUCUCUGCUUCAACUCGUCCUACUGCCGAGGCGACUCAGAGUUUGAGAAUAUGCUGCAGUACAGCCAGGGCAUUGUGGACACUGUGGCCAAAGACAGCCUGGUGGACAUUUUCCCCUGGCUGCAGAUCUUUCCUAAUGCAGACCUACGUCUCCUGAAACACUGUGUUUCCAUCAGAGACAAACUUCUACAGAAGAAAUUUGAUGAACACAAGGUGAAUUACAGCGACCACGUGCAGAGAGACCUGAUAGACGCUCUGCUAAGAGCCAAGCGCAGUGCGGAGAACAACAACACAUCAGAGAUAAGUGCAGAGUCCGUGGGCCUGAGUGAUGACCACAUUCUCAUGACAGUGGGAGACAUCUUUGGCGCUGGCGUGGAAACCACUACCACUGUGCUCAAAUGGGCCAUAACGUACCUGAUUCAUCACCCAGAGGUGCAAAGACGUAUCCAGGAUGAGCUGGACAGGACGGUGGGUGACAGCCGCUCUCCUAAACUCACCGACCGAGGCAGUCUGCCCUAUCUGGAGGCCACCAUUAGGGAGUUAUUACGGAUUCGCCCCGUGGCACCUCUACUCAUCCCCCACGUGGCUCUCUGUGACACCAGCCUUGGAGAUUUCACAGUGAGGAAGGGAACUCGAGUCAUUAUCAACCUGUGGGCUCUGCACCAUGACGAGAAGGAGUGGAAGAACCCAGAGCGGUUUGACCCUGGCCGGUUCUUGAAUAGUGAAGGCACAGGACUGACGAUCCCAUCACCCAGCUACCUGCCCUUCGGUGCUGGGCUGAGAGUAUGUCUAGGUGAGGCCUUGGCCAAGAUGGAGCUCUUUCUCUUCCUGUCCUGGAUCCUGCAGCGCUUCACUCUGACUGUCCCACCAGGCCAUGAUCUGCCAAGUCUGGAGGGAAAGUUUGGAGUGGUCCUGCAGCCGGCCAAGUACAAGGUGAAUGCCACAAUCAGACCAGACUGGGCAAGACAUAAGUGCCAGGCAGAAUAGUCCUAUGGCUGUGAAUACGUACGCACCAUCAAGAAGGAAAGCAAGCUUGCAGCACUGUGACAAUCUUAUUUUUCUGAAGUGUAACAGUCUCCUGUAACAGCUCCAAACAGUCUCUUUAUUUUUCUACUGUGAGGAGACAUAUCGGCCGAUGUCGCUGACUCUGCUGACAUCAGGAGGCAGGAUGCUUUCUCAUUUUCAAAUGUACAAGGUGACGUCUGUGAUGAGAUCACAUAACACAGGAUGUACACCCAAAAUUUACUGCAAAAACGAACCCACAACACAAAGAUGUAACCAGGUAAUCUCAAAAUGUAACCACUUUAUUUUGAUCCUGAGAACACAAAUAAAGGUUUACACGGUAGGAAUGUACUGCAGUGAAAGGAACAGGAUGUCCGGUGUGGAGAUACAGAAAUUCUUUUAUUGCUGCCGUAUAACCUGCAUCAUUAUAACUGCAUUAAUAACAUUCUUUACAGCAUCAUUCCACUUAAUAAUAUUUCUCACAGUCUUGAUACUGCAUUACAGCUGUUUAUUGAAGAUGUCCAUUUGAGGAUCCUUUUAUUAUGAUAACUUUUAUUACAGGUACAGCCAGAAGUAUUUUAUGCACAUUGCAUAUCUGUGCUUAUUUCAAGUUGAUGUUCGGUUCAUUAAAGCUUCACUGGCGUGACUGUCCAGGUGAUCCAUGCUGAGGGAAACUAGAACAUAGAAGGAUGACUGCAUACAUGCUUACAGUACAUAUAACACAUAUAAUCUAGGAAUGUGUCCGGCCUGAGGCCUUAACUCAUUUGGAGUCUCACUAUAUUUUACUCUACUUGGCAACAGAUGACCAGAGUCAAUAAUUAGCCUCAGACGCUCUGAGGGCUUGAAGUUUAUUGCCUUGUUUGGAAGGUGUUAUAGAAAAGAGAAGUUCUAUGUCUGUUUGUAGCCAUUAAAGAUGUACGAUUAACUGUGACUACUGUCUGGAACCUAUUCUGAUCUGUCAUUGACGCCAUGGGGGGGCGUGUACCCCACUGCUUUGUAAGUGUCCACAACAUGUAUUUUGGUCAGAGGACAUGUGCUGAUGUUUUCUCCUGGUAAAUAAACUCAUCGUUUGAUUGCA